GAUGACAAGUCUGUCUGUGACAGUGGACAUUAAACUGCAGCUCUGAUACUGUAGUUGUAGGGUUUCUAGAUAAUAAUCUAAACUACAACCUGCCUAAAAUAUAUAAUCAGGGAAGACAGGAAUACAGCAAACAUGUCGGAUGACAUCUACGCCAAACCAGACAUGACCCAGAAGGUGAAGUCAGAGGACAUCUACGCCAAACCAGACAUGACCCAGAAGGUGAAGUCAGAGGACAUCUACGCUACACCAGACAUGACCCAGAAGGUGAAGUCGGAUGACAUGUAUGCUAAUAUAGACAUGACCCAGAAGGUGAUGUCAGACAGGGGGGAGAUGGAGGAGAGGAUGGUGGACAUCUACGUUAGUGCUGACACCCUCAGAGGUCACAACCUCUGCUCAAAGGCUGACAACCCUACAGCAGAGAACACAGCAGAAGAUCAGCUCUCAGUGUCCCCACUGUGUUCAGAUGCUGAGCGUCCAGAGAAGAGAAUCUACAGAGUUGCAGCAGUGUGUCUGGGGCUGCUGUGUCUUUUCAUACUGGCUGGGGUCAUAGCACUGGGAGUCAAGAACACCAGUUUUAGUGAUGAGAACAUCAUACAGACUAUGAAGAGUAAGAAACUACAGACCAGUAACACUAUCCUGACCAGAGAGAGAGACCAGCUGAACGCCAGUAACACCAACCUGACCAGAGAGAGAGACCAACUACAGACCAGUAACACCAUCCUGACCAGAGAGAGAGACCAGCUGAACACCAGUUACGCGAACCUGACCAGAGUGAGAGACCAGCUGAACGCCAGUAACACCAUCCUGACCAGAGAGAGAGACCAGCUGAACACCAGUUACGCGAACCUGACCAGAGUGAGAGACCAGCUGAACGCCAGUAACACCAACCUGACCAGAGAGAGAGACCAGCUGAACACCAGUAACACCAUCCUGACCAGAGAGAGAGAUGACCUUAAGAGGAGGCUGUGCGAUGUCACUUCCUGUACUGCUGGCUGGCAGAAGUUUGGCUGCAGCUGUUACUACGUCUCUACUGGGAAAAAUAACUGGGCUGACAGCAGACAGGACUGUAGAGACAGAGGAGCAGACCUGGUGAUCAUUAACAGCCCAGAGGAACAGGAUUUCCUCAAUAACCUCAACAAGAACGUGUGGAUCGGUCUGACUGACACAGUAACAGAAGGGAACUUUAUCUGGGUGGACGGAACUCCACUGACCACACCCACGUACUGGUGGGCCUCUCAGCCUGAUAAUUACGCUAACACACCAGGCAGUGUUGGUGAGGACUGUGCUGAGAUAUACUACGCACCUUCGGAAGUUCCUCCUCCUAGAACAUGGAAUGAUAACAAAUGUGAAUUUCGUAAUUACUGGGUCUGUGAGAAAGGGAUCAAAAACGACUUGUCUUUCAGACAGGUUCCAUCAGACACUCACAGCAUGGACACGUCUGGAAACGCUACGUACGCCAAUGAAGACUCUGUGUAUGAAAACCCAUUUAGCAUUGGGGGAGAAGACAAUAUGGGAGAAGAUAUUUAUGUAAAUGAAAGCUUUAAUGACCCUAAUGAUAAAGUAGCGAUCAUGACCAUCCAAAAAGGACCAGGACCAGUUGUUCCUUUGAGUUCAUCGUGGAGAGCUGCAGCAGUGUGUCUGGGGCUGCUGUGUGCUCUCCUACUGGCUGGGAUCAUAGCACUGGGAGUCAUCUACACCAGAGUUAAUGAAGACAAAACUAUAAAGACAAUGGAGAGAGACCAACUACAGACCAGUAACACCAACCUGACCAGAGAGAGAGACCAACUGAACACCAGUUACACCAACCUGACCAGAGUGAGAGACCAGUUACAGACGAGUAACACCAUCCUGACCAGAGAGAGAGACCGGCUGAACACCAUUAACACCAACCUGACCAGAGAGAGAGAUGACCUUAAGAGGAGGCUGUGCGAGGGCCAAGAUGGAUGGAGCAGGUUUGGCUGCAGCUUUUACUACGUCUCUACUGAGCAGAAAACCUGGUCUGACAGCAGACAGGACUGUAGAGGGAGAGGAGCAGACCUGGUGAUCAUAAACAGCCUAGAGGAACAGGAUUUCCUCAAUAAACUCAACAAGAGAGUGUGGAUCGGUCUGACUGACACAGUAACAGAAGGGAACUUUAUCUGGGUGGACGGAACUCCACUGACCACACCCACGUACUGGUGGCCCUCUCAGCCUGAUAAUGACGCUAACACACCAGGCAGUGUUGGUGAGGACUGUGCUGAGAUAUACUACUCACCUUCUGAUGUUCCUCCUCCUAGAACAUGGAAUGAUUACAAAUGUGAAUUUAAAAUGUUCUGGGUCUGUGAGAAAGGGAUCUAAUAGUGGAGAUUCACAGUGGGGUUUUGUAUUGUUAUUUAACUAUACUUACACUAUAUAUAACGUGUGUUUAUGUACCUGCUGUCUUCUGUAAUUCAUGUAUCUGGCUGGAAUUAAUCUUACAUUUUCCUCCCAGGAUUUUAUAUAGUGAACCAUCUGUCUAUCCGUCCGUCUGUCUGACUGACUAUCUAAUCUAACCAUCUAUCUAAUCUAUCUAUUCAUGCAUUUACAGUAAUGCUCCUGGUACAUUAUUGUCAGGUCUAUAAUACCUGUCAUAGCCGUAUGAGUGAAUUAACUGUGAUAAUGAGCUUUCACUCCCUAUUGGCUAACAGAGUAGAUGAUGUAAUAAUGAGUUGCAUAGGCUUAAACUGUUUGUAGCUUCCCAGCAACAUUCAUUUAUAAAAUAAAAGAGUCCUUUGGU